AAGAUCGUAAGAAGCAACUCACAACAUGAGGAGGAUUCACCGCCAGCUGGGUUUUCUUGCAAGCCUGGUGCUUGUUAUUCACGCAGGACCGAUUGCACAGCCUGUUGUUGAUUAUGGAAUUGCAGAGAAUUACCUGAAGAGCUUCUACAAAUUGGAAUAUAAUCGUCCUAAUCUUUCAGGCAUCAGAGACCCGAAUCCACUGCCUGAUAAAUUGAAAGAGAUGCAGAAGUUUUUUAGGCUUAAGGUCACUGGAACGCUGGACAAAGAAACACUGGCGGUGAUGAAGAAGCCCCGCUGUGGAGUUCCAGAUGUCGCUGCGUACUCCACGUUUGGAGACAAUCCCAAAUGGCAGACCAACAAGCUCACAUACAGGAUUGAGAACUACACCCAUGACAUGACAGUAGCGGAGGUGGAUGAUUCCAUCAGAAGAGCCCUGCAAGUGUGGGCAGACGUCACUCCUCUGAGAUUCACCCGUAUCUACAAAGGCACAGCUGACAUCAUGAUCUCCUUUGCCACAAAAAAUCAUGGUGAUGGUAUGGCAUUGGCAUUUGAUGGACCACAAGGCAUUUUGGCUCAUGCUUUCUUUCCCUCAUCUGGAAUUGGUGGAGAUGCACAUUUCGAUGAUGAUGAGGUUUUCACUUUCCGCUUACCACGUUAUGUCCUGUUCUUGGUGGCUGCCCAUGAAUUUGGUCACUCUUUGGGUCUUUCUCAUUCCGAAGUUCCUGGCGCUCUGAUGUUUCCCACAUACAGCUUCAGCGAUCCGGGUCGCUUCUCUCUGCCCUCUGAUGACAUCAGAGGGAUUCAGUCGCUCUAUGGCCCAAACAGAAACAGAAUCCUCAUCCAACCUGAACCAAACUUACCAACGGCUCCUAAUGCUUGUGACCCUAACCUGAUCUUUGAUGCAGUUACAACUUUUAGGGGAGAAACAAUGUUCUUCAAGGACAGCUUUGUCUGGCGUAGUUCUCCGAGCGGAAGUGUGACGAAACAUCUAAUCAGUAAUUUGUGGCCCAACGCCCCGGAUAAUAUAGAUGCUGCUUACGAGGAUCCAGUGGAAGAAAUACUUUUCCUAUUCAAAGGUAAACAAGUCUGGGCUUUUAAAAGCAACAAUGUUGAGCCGGGCUAUCCCAAGCCUCUCAGCAGCUUUGGUCUGCCACCAUCUGUGACAAAAGUCAGUGCUGCCGUCCACGACAAAAACUCUGGAAAAACACUGCUCUUCUUUGACAUAUAUUACUAUAGCUAUAAUGAGAUGAUGAAGAAGAUGGAUGGAAAUCCCAAACGACUGGCCGAUGGAUUUCCAGCAGUGACUGGAGAGGUUACAGCAGCCCAUCUGAUCGACGAUAACAUUUAUCUCUUCAGUGGGACAAAUGUGUAUGAGUUCAGCAACAGCAGCAGGAAGCUCCUCCGUGUGUUGAAGAACAAAAACUUCCUGUCCUGUUAGUCGAGUUGCCCCGAAACAAGAAAUGAAUGAGUGUAACUACAGUACUUACUUAAAUGCAUUUGCAUAGGAAACAGUUCAAAUUAAUGAAUUGUUCAUUGUAUUUCUGCAAUCUGCUGGUCAAAAUUGUCACUGGACUUCUAUUUUACUCUUGUUAACCUUUUAAAAGAAUGUG